UCUGUAUUCGCCCAAUCGAGCAGAUCUACUCUAUCCAAAGAAUCUAUCCUCUUCAAUCUCAACCGCAGCAACCCACCAAGUCACCCUAGAGAAGACCGCAAAAGAAAUCAAUCAAAAUGUCCAUCCCCCUCCAAACAAUCAACACCUUCCGCGUAUCCUACAACCCCUUCGGCCGCUCGUCGCGCCCCUGCCGCACUCUCCUCGCCCUCCUGCGCACGCCCUCCACGACCCCCCUCAGCAGUCCCACGCACAUCGACAUCAAAGUGAAGCAGCUGCCGCGGCACUCGACGCAGCAGCCCGAGGUGACGGUGGGGUUCAAGGGCGGCAAGGAGGUCAAGUUCGAGGUCGGGAAGGAACAGAUCAAGAUUGCCGAUAUGGUGAAUGAGAUUGCGCGCAUUGGGCGGAUUAUUGAGCGCGAGGAUACGCUGAAGGGGUGAUUUCUUCUCUUCUCUUUUCCUUUUUACAUUAAAUUUUCUUUUUUGUUCCGUUCUCGCAUCUUGUUUGAUAGUUGGGGUGAUUGGUUUCCUGUAGAGUCGGCGGGUUACGAGGGGAGUGGAUUGACUUCUACGUGGCUAAUGUCUGACUGUCUUGUACGAUAAAUAAAUGUAUAUACUAUCUAACCGUCGUGAUACUCCGAGGU